AUGCCGCUCAUCAGAACCCCUAUCCAGACCGCCCAUCCUCACGAGGCGCGCGCUGGAGAACGGCCGCCGGCGACCACGCCGGCGAGCGCUCCGGGCACCGCCGAUUUUGUAUUAGGAGUUGAUACCUGCGGAUACACGUCGUCCAGCACCAUCAGCUGCGAUUUCGGAUACGAAUGCACGAACGUCGGCAGGUACCGCGGCUGCUGCCUGCCCGGCAUCGAGGGCUGCGUCGCGACGAUAUAUACGACCUGCGCCGACUACGGCGUGAUCCCCAAUCUCGAGCAGUGCGGGCCGCACACGCUAUGCUGCCCCUCGACGAGCCCGUACUGCUUCUCGUACGCGUUCCUCACCGAGGACCAGCAGGGCGCCACGUUCUCGUACGUCGAAUGCCAGACGUCACACGGCUUCGGGGAGAUGUUCCCGUACCCGCUGGGGCUGGUGACAGCGACAGGAGCCAGCGAUACGGCGGCGGAAACGAGCUCCUCGCCGUCUGCGUCGUCGUCGUCGCACGCGGCGCCCGGGGGCGCGAUAGCGGGGGCCGUCGUUGGAGUCGUCGCCUUCGUCUGUCUGGCCGUCGCCGGGGCCGUGCUAUUCUUCCGGUACCGCGGCCGCCGUCGGGGGGCCGCAGCAGCCGCUCCCGCGGCCGCGAAGCUGAGUCCCCCAGCCGAUGACGUCGCACCGCGUGCGGCUGCGGCCGCCUCCCGGCCGCGUGUGAGGACGGCCCACCGCAGCCUCCUGCGGCCGCUAUCCGCGAUCUACGAGCAGCCCAGCCCGACAUAUGCGGCGCCGGUGGCAGCGAGGCGCGCCAGGCGCGGCGAGCCUGCGGCAGCGGCGGCAGCAGCGGCGCGUAGCCAGAACCACCACCGGCCCAGCUGGCCCCUCGCGUCGGCGAGCAACCCGCUGGCGGUGCACCCGGUCGACGCGGAGACGGUGAAGCGGCUGAGCCUGAUCAGCAGCCAGCCGGCGGGGGGCAGCGACCGCUGGGCGCCGCGCGCGCCGGCGCUCCAGGUCCCGACGCCGCCGGCCUCGAGCAGCGCGAGCAGCACGCCGACGAGCGCGACGGCGAUCCUGCGCGACGCGGCCUCGAGGCUGCCGCGGCCCGCCAGCGAGCACCGCGUGCCGCCGGGGGCCGCGUUCGGCGAGGGCCCGGCCGAGCCCGUGUCGCCGAUCGAAGAAGACUUGGACGACGACACGAGCAGGCAGGACGACGACGACGACGACGAGAACAUGCCACGGUUCAGCAUCGUGUCCGGGCCGCCCGGCGCCGAUGCCGACGGGCUCGUCUCCCCCGUCAGCCCGGUGUGGCGCGAGGAGGAGGAGGAGGCCCCGAGCCGCGGGUCGCGCGCGGGGCGAGUAGAGAGCGAGGAGACUGAGGGCGGCGGUGGAGGCGCGGUGAGCCCCGUGACGGUGAGCCCGCUCGAGAGCCCGAGGAGGAGUACGGCAUCAGAGACUUAG